AUGAUGGCACUACCCAUCAAAGCGCAGCUCACCGAUUUGCAUAUUGCAAACCUGUUGGCAAGUGUCGUCCACCAAGCCGACAGAAAUGGCAAGCAGCAGCCGAUUCUCACUGGUGUUCGCCGCGUAUCCCGCGAAGGAUCGAUUGGGAAGAAGACCCAGCAGCGAGGUAGCCUCCGUAACAUCUUCGGAAAUAUCUGGUCAGCAUUAGGUCUCCACGAGCAACAGCAGGAAGAUCUUGAAAAGGCCAAGCAAGGCGGAUCCAAUCCUAAGACUGCAGAGGUUAGAAGCAAAACGAUUGAACUGCGCCCAAGCCUCUUGCCUCCUGUAUCUCCCAAUGAUGCUGACAAAAAAUGCCUGGUGCUGGAUUUGGAUGAAACCCUGGUUCACUCUUCGUUCAGACGCACAGACAACUAUGACUUCAUCAUUCCUGUCGACAUUAAUGGAAUCAUUCACCACGUUUACGUGUGCAAGCGACCCGGUGCUGAGGAGUUUCUCAUCGAAAUGGCCAAGUACUACGAGAUCGUCGUGUAUACGGCCAGCCUCAGCGUGCGUUAUUCGCUACCGUCUCUAUCGCGAGCACUGCGUCCAAUACGAGGGCAACUACGUGAAGGAUCUAUCCUUGCUUGA